GGUCAAAGUUAAUUCCCUUCCAUCCACAUGUGAUUCACAUGUUUACAUGGGCAUUUGUAUUCGGAGGAACACACUAGUGACACUGCCAUCCGAAAGCGUACACUGCAUACUGUUAUAGUAAAAAACAUAGGGCCGCUAUGUCGGACAGUGAAGAAGAAGCCUGUGAAAGCCGGACAGCAAAGAAGAGAGUUUCAAAGUACCAGUGUCCGGCGGGCUUUGCGUCCAUGCAGUAUUCCUCCGCGUGCGCCUUACAGGACGAAGAGGGAGACAAGGAGUUAUGGCUCAUCAAAGCUCCAGCUCGCUUCGACCCUAAAUGCUUUAAAAACCUCCAGGUUCCCCUAUCAGGACUGCAGAUGGUCCAGUCUUCUGACCCGAGCUCUCAGAUCUACAGCAUCCUCAGCAGCAGAACGGCACCUUCAGAUCUCCGUCUGCUCAUUUCCGAAGAGAAAUGUCAGAAGCCUGUAAUUUGUUCCUCCGGCUUCAGUGGAGUCCUCAAGAUCUCAGAGAGCUACGGAAACUGCAGUGAGAACCAAGGUCCCGUUCCCAUCCCGGCCGCUCCAGCUCCAUCCAUCCCAGCUGGUCUCAGGCAGCGUUUCCAGCCUUUCGGUAGUUCCACUCCCGUGCAAAGUGAAGUCGCCGUAGUUUCUCCAGCUGCUCCCAAGAGAACCAGCCAGGAACCGAUAGAGGGUGAGGAGCGGAAGAAGAAAAAGAAAAAGAAAGAGAAGAGGCAAGAGGACAGUGAAGUGGUUUUUAUCAAAGAAGAAGAGACACAAAUUGACUGUGAUCAGAUAUCUGAACUUAAGGAGGGAGAGCCGACGGAGGAAAGGAAGAGGAAGAAGAAAAAGAUGAAGAAAGAGAAGGAAAGACGUAUUGAAGACGUAGUGAAAACGGAGCCGCUGCAUCCUUCUUAUGGAGAUUGCGUUGACACCCCAGGGAAAACUAAAAAGAAGAAAAAGAAAAGUAGCCGACAUGAGUAGACUGUCAUAAGAACUAGGGAUGUUUUAUCAAUGUGUCACGUUCGCACAUGCUCACGGUGAUAUUUAACUGUCAAAUACAAUUGAAAAACUGCGCCUGUCUUAAAAUAAUUUUAAGGUUUCAGUGCAACAUUCAGUAUUACCUAAUGCAUUGAUUCAUUCUACUUAAUUUUUUUUGUACUGAAAGAUGUUUUGUGAGCUGAACAAAUACAGUACAAUCUAUUGAA